AUGUCGCUCAAAGCUGCCGCUGAGGUUGAAGAGCUGAGGGAAAAAGUCAAUCAAUUGGAGGCUGCCCUCGCGAUCGCCCAGGCUCAGGUCUCCAACAAGCCUCAUCCUCUUCUCAUCGACAGGUAUUCGGCUGCACAGACCACAGCAGAUUCUCCAACCGGACCGGGGACGACCGCUGGUGACAGCAAUUCGUCAUCGUCACCCUCCGCAGCUCAGUCACAAGAUGAAGAGGACGUAAUCGACGCCUUCGGUACCCUCACCCUCGGAAAUCGUGGUGAGGCUCGGUUUUUCGGUCAGACUUCGCGCACGGAGGCUCCUGAAAGGCUGAAGCCGUUUGUGGACAUCAACAUCAAAUUGCCUCGAGUAACACGAAUCACCGUCGAAGAGGCUUGUAAAGAACUCGAUGUAUUCUGCACCAGUAUGACUGUGGGCGAGGAGGUGCUCUCAUGCAUUCCACCCAUGGAGGAGGCAUUGCGCCUCUGCGAGAUUUACUUUGAAUGUUCGAAAUUCCUGUGGUACCCUCUACCCAGGGAGUACGUGUACACGGAAAUCGUUUCUGCGAUUUAUCAACAACCUAAACCGGGAGACGACUACUGCCAUGUCUCACGCAAACACGCGAUGGCGCUCCUCUUUAUGAUCUUUGCGCUUGCCACGCUCUUUGACCUUAACAUGCCUCCUUACUGCAGCGAGGCUCACGAAUACCUCUUGUUCGCUCGCAUCUGCUUGCGAUGGGCGCCGCCGGCCUACGAUACGACGUUGCCCGCCAUUCAAACGCUGCUAUACAUGGCACAAUACCUUGAAAUGAGCGAUUGCGAGGCAGCGCAUACAGGCUCGCAUAAAGCUUGGAUGGAGAACCGUCGUGCGGUUUCGAUGGGUCUGAGUGUAGACGUGUCAAGUUGCAAGUGGCGCCUUGACGACAACGCAGCGGCACGCCGCGGCCGAGUGUUCUGGCAGAUGUUCGCGCUUGACUCAUGGCUGAGUUUCGGUUUCGGCCGGCCACCGAGCAUCUCGCUAACCUUCGUGGACUGCGAGAUCCCUCAGCCUGAAGAGGUGACCGCCGUGGACGGGUCUCGCUGGUCAACAGGAUACCACGUUUGGACCUGGCAAUUCACCAAGCUGAUGGCCAUUAUCACGACCGAGGCGUUUGCGGCCAAAUCACCUACUUACUCAAAGAUCAUGGAGCUUGACAAGCGUGUGCGGGACUUCCCCGACCCGCCUUGUCUCACCGAACCUGCUCAGCCUGCAACCGUCGCCGGCCAGAACGAUCAAGUGACGCGGACGAUGCAAGUUAUGGGAGUUACGUUGAUGAAGGAAAUGACCCAUAUGAACCUUCAUCGGCCGUACCUCUCGCAGGCGCUCAAGGAUGCGCCUGAAGACCCGCUGCGGCACAAGUACGGGGCGUCGGUGAUGGUGAUCUACCGCUCGGCAUGGAGGAUCAUCAAUGCGGUGGAGCAGGCAUACAAGGUCGCGCCGGGCUUGACGGCGCGCUUGAGUCUGCACUGGUCGAACACUCUCGCGUGCGCGAUAAUUCUAUCGCUCAUCAUCACCCGCGCGCCCACCUCGGCGCUCGCGACCUCGGCGCUCGCCGAACUCGACAAGCUUUGCGCCCUCUUCGAGGACGCCGCCAGCACGAGUCAAAUCGCGCUCAACAACAUUCACGUCCUCCGCAAGCUGCGUUCACAAUCGCACGCCGCGAUCAACAACCUCUCGCCCGAGGACGCGGCGAAGGUGAACGCGGAGCUCGACCGGCUCGGGGGGAAGACACAAUUGAUCCAGACGAUCGGUGAGCGCAUCGCAACGUGCGCGCACUCGUUCCGCGGCCAGAACGCAUUGUACGCAACCAUGGUCCUCGAUCCGGAGAAGGCCAUGUUCCUCCCGUCCGUCUUCGAGGCCGGCUCGAACCCGAACGGCGUCCUCCAGACUGUCGUCGCGCAGGAGCCCCCGCCGCCCGCGGAGGACCACUUGUCGGCGCAGACCCAGGCGUUUGCUCCGGGGUCGGCGGCAGACUUCAACUUUGCGUUCAUGGACGCGUCGAUGGGCGCGGGGAUGGGCGCUACGGGCACGGGGGCGACCGCGGGGACGGGGGACUUUGACUGGAUCAAUGGGUUCCUGAACAGCGCCGCGGGGGCGGCGAACGACUCUUUGCCCAAUGCGGCAGAGGUGGAUGCGAACUGGCAGUCGCUCGUCGACGGGCUUGGGCUGUGA